GGUCACGUGGUGAGCCUAUGGGGCUCCUGUAGGGUCAGUGUUGGUAAAAACAUGUGAAUGAGGUUGAUUUGCUGAGGAUAACCGAACGAGGGAAGGGCAUUCGCCUGCCUGCUGACAACAACAUGAGAGUAUUGAUCGGUGGAGGGUCGGGGUUUGUGGGUCGUGAACUGACUCGUCUGCUGAAGAGCAAAGGUCAUGAAGUCACCAUCAUCUCCAGACAGCCUGGUCCAGGCAGGAUCACGUGGGCUGAUGUUGAAUCCGGUGGUCUCCCGCCGUGUGAGGGGGCAGUGAACCUGGCUGGAGAAAACAUCAUGAACCCACUGAGAUGGUGGAACGACAGUUAUAAGAAAGACCUGUUCUCCAGUCGAGUGGACACGACGAGAACUUUAGCUCAAGCCAUCGCGGCCUCUUCUUCGCCUCCGCAGUCCUGGGUCCUGAUCACAGGAGUGGCCUGCUACAAGCCCAGUCUGCAGAGUCAGUACACAGAGGACAGCGAGUGGACGCCCUUUGACCUCCUGUCUCAGCUGGUGAAGGAGUGGGAGGAGGCCGGCCGGCUUCCUCACAGCCUCGCUCAGAGCACAAGACAAGUGGUCAUCAGACCAGGUGCUGUGUUGGGGCGGGAUGGUGGUGCCAUGAAGCAGAUGCUGACCCCGUUCUGGCUGGGUCUGGGUGGUCCUCUGGGCUCGGGCCGUCAGCCUUUUCCUUGGAUCCAUGUCUCAGACCUGGCUGGAAUCAUCCUUCACGCUCUGGAGACCUCCAGCUCACCCCCCUCCACACAGCCGGAGGUGUUUAACGGUGUCGCUCCGGCGCUGAACACCAACUACGAGUUCACGAAGGAGUUGGGUCGAAUCCUGAGGAGGCCCACCCUGUUUCCCGUCCCGGGGUUCCUCAUGGACGCCCUGCUGGGCUCUGAGAGAACCGUCAUCCUCACGCAGGGUCAGAAGGUCGUUCCCAAGAGGACUCUGGAGUCCGGCUUUCAGUUUCGGUACCCAGACCUGACCUCGGCCCUCCGGGAGAUCGUUGGAAGCUAGAUAUUCGAACGUAGCCGGUUUAUUGGUUACUCAUUUUCAGCAGUGCAGAGACUAUGAGUGACAUUUCGGAAGGAAACAGAUCAAAAGAGCAAUCACUUUAUUAUUCUAAUCAGUUUAUUUUAAAGGCUUUAAGUACACAGUUGUAAAUACUUCUGUGGGUCCACGGUUCAAGAGUGUUUCCAAAUCCAGUCCUUGGGGACCUCCACACGGUCCACUUUUUUGCUGUAUCCCACCUCCCAGUACACCUGUGCCAGGUAUUCGGUUCUAGAUAUGGAUGAAAGACAGCUAGAGACUUCCUGGGUGUCCCCAAGAUCCGGAUUAGAAACCAGCAGAGCACUCACUGGACCAACAAGCCUUCAGACCACUGUGGAACCUGAACACAGAACACCUGGUUCGGGUGUGAUGGGAGCUAGAAUAGAGCAAAAUUGUGGACCCUCUUGUUUGUCCCCAGAAGCAGUCAGCCUGUUCCUGUUUUCUGACCCAGUACAGUCAUUGGUGCAGACAGUGUGCUGUUCAUUCAUUCACAUGCUCGGGUUUCUGCAGUGGCUUUGACGUCCAUCACAGGUUCCCUCCAGCUGCACUAUUCCCUUUAGUCCUUUCAGGGACUCAGCGCCGUCCUUCCUUCAUCAGCAACGCGCACAUCGACCGUUUAAGGUGAUUAUGGCUGCUCUGUAAGCGUGUCGUCCUCUGUGUUGAUGAUUGGCAGCCGGUCUCCCCAGUUGCUGCUCCGGGCGCAGCGGUACGAGUCCCUGAAAGUGUGAAUUUUCAACGUUAGGAGAUCAGAUCACAGCAGAUUCCGUUAUUAGUAAAGAAAAUGCGGCAACACUUUACUGUAAGGUGCUUUUCAUAAGGCUACAUGACACCCACAUAAGCUUGUCAUGACAACUGACAUAACCCUACAUAAAUGUUUAUAAAUCCUUAUUCCAGUAGGCAGCAUCUGUCAUAAAGGCUACUUUAGAUAACUUUGAUCAAAAUUGGCAAAUGUAACCUUUUAUAGCGAAUGCUAUGAAGUGUUACCGAAAAUGCCGUGGUCAGUCCUUGCUGAUGUGUUUCUGGAUAAUCAGUACUUCCAUGCCUGUAUCUAUCAAGUCUGAUUUAAUUUAUUAAGUGUAAAUAUGGAUAGUAAUAGAUCAAAUGUAGGUUCACCUGCUGGAGUCAACAUUAAAGCAUGAUUAUGCACAUCUUGUUCUCUGUAUCUAACUGAUUUAAGUCAUUACUGUAAAUAAAAGCUGUUUUCUUCUGUG